GAACUUGUCCUCGGAAUCGGUAUAAAUAUAGAGAAAGAAAAUCAUAUUAGUCACUUAAUUUUCGAACAUCAUCUCUCAGAAUCGACACUAUUUUUUACACAAAUUUCCAACCCAUCAAAAUGACAGAUGAAACAAGAGUUUCUUUGGGAGAUGACAGAAGCGACAAGAGGAAAGUGGAUGAUUUCACAGCUCUAUACAACCUGGAUGCUGCCUCGUCGACCCGGGGUCUAGUCGACAACGGUCAGGAGGGGGCAUUUAAAAAGAUAAAGCACGAACCAGGAUCCGGGUCCGGAACAUCAAUAGGAGGGGUAGGGUCGGCAGGGGCAGGGACAGGACACAAUCCCUCAUCCUGCCCUACCCCCGCGCGCAGACGACACCGGACAACGUUUACACAGGAACAACUACAGGAAUUAGAAGCUGCUUUUUCUAAAUCUCAUUAUCCGGAUAUUUACUGCCGAGAAGAACUGGCACGAAUCACCAAAUUAAACGAAGCUCGGAUACAGGUGUGGUUCCAGAACCGCAGAGCCAAAUAUCGGAAGCAGGAGAAACAACUGGCCAAGUCCCUGUCCCCGGUCAUCAACCCUGCCUGUAACGGUAUGAUGCGAAACAUCUACCCCACAACAUCUCGACCCUACGCGGCCUACCCUACCCCUACAAACAUGAACACGAUGACACGCUACCCUCAGAUGAACACAACAUACCCACCUGUCGCCCAGUUUGGAGGUAUGGGUAGCAUGCCCACAGGAAACAUGGCGUCGAUGCCCCGUCAGGUGCAGCAGUUCCAGAUGACGUCAGACUACAACUUGGAAUCUCACGAAGAUGACUGGUACAACAAAAGCUUGACGGCACUCCGGAUGAACAAUGCUCACCAUGGUUUGUCUAACUCCGUUCUACAGUAUCAAGCGUGACUGGCGGACACGGCGACUCCCGGCGCCGGGGCGCCAACUUAUUUAUGUGAGCAAUAGACAAUCGGCGCAUUAGCGCCGCGGAUUCCAACCGUUAGUGGACAAUCAAAACUUACUUCAACAGUAUUACGAAGAAAAAAAACCUAUUUCUGCUAACGAUUGAAACGCCGGAGUUGUACAAUUGGAUGAUAUAACACAUUAAUUUUAUAUUUUGAAUCGUUAGUGGAGAAAUUUACUUUACUUCAGUGCUUGCCAAAAUGACACGGACAAUAUUUCCAGUGAAGGAGGAAGACUUGUGUAUAUAUUUGAAAACAAUUGAUGUCCCUGCCAAUGCAUCCUUAGAUAGUGGCAAACAAGUGCCAUAUUGUUACAGAAGUUGAAUGUCGCGAUAAAGAGUAUGCGGAUACUCUGAUGGAACAUAGAACACCCUCGUAUCCAAAUGAAUGUUUGUAUCAAUAUGAAUUAAUAUGCAUGUAUCACAAUCAUAAGGCGACUGACAUACAGUAUGACUUCAUUUUAUGACAUGCAAUAUAGUUGUUGUUUUGUAUACGUAUGAAGUGGAUGCAUAGUUGGGAAUUAUAUACAUAAUUUACAUAUUUUAUCAUUAUUAUUAUAAUCAUUAUAACAUUAUAUGUAUAAAUGGUUCAAUUAUAGAUAUUGUAAAAAUUCUUAUACCACGUGUAUGAAAGCAAUAAUUCACGUACUGUAAUAUAUUGAAUAUUUCUGUCAUUAUCUGUUUUUAUUGAAGAAUAAUUCAAGAGUUUCCAAAUCAUACAUUAAUACGUCAGAACACAAUCAAUAAUCUAUUUUUUCGACACCGGCAUUAAUAUCAUAUCAAAUUGAUAGUAUUCAAAUUAUAUAGUCACCUAUGUAGUCACCUAAAAUUAAAUUCAACGUUUAUCAAAAAGGUCUUUUCUAUCCGGUAAAUUAAUUGAUUCAAAAUUACGUUUAUCAAAAAGGUAUUUUCUAUCCGGUAAAGCCAUGUUAUUAAGAUGUUUGUAUUUUGAUUCAAAAUUACGUAAAACAAUGAAUAAAAUCCCGUUCUUAUCAAUACUUGUAUGUAUCUAUAAGCAGUAACAAUGGUAUUAUUGUAUAACUGGAAAUUUCCUGGCUUUGUUGAUAUCCUGUGUCGUACGUGUGCCAUGCUGGUACAUUUGUGAACAGCCAAAUAUAUAUUGUACAUAUCACGGAGAUUGACAUUUGAAAUAGACACGAUGAAAUACA